AUGAUGAACAUGGAAAAGAAGGAUCGUGAAAGAGAGUCUGAAACUUCGGAGCAAGUUGUGAAUCCAUAUAAAGUGUCCGGAAAAGACGGCAAGGAGAUCGAUUACGACAAGCUUAUUGACAAAUUUGGCUGCCAAAGGCUCGACGAGUCACUGAUUGAUCGUGUCCAAAGACUUACUUCUCGUCAACCACAUGAAUUCCUCCGCCGUGGAGUCUUCUUCGCCCACAGGGAUUUCAAUGAGAUUCUGGACGCGUAUGAGAGAGGAGACAAGUUUUAUCUCUACACGGGAAGAGGACCAUCUUCGGAAGCUUUGCAUUUAGGGCAUUUAAUUCCUUUCUUGUUUACCAAAUACUUGCAAGAAGCUUUUAAGGUUCCUCUUGUUAUACAGCUAACGGAUGAUGAAAAAUUCAUGUGGAGGAAGGACUUGACUGUAGAAGAAUGUAAAAGACUUGCAAGAGAAAAUGCGAAGGAUAUAAUUGCUUGUGGAUUCGAUGUAACAAAGACGUUCAUUUUCUCGGAUUUCGGCUAUAAUGAACCUGCUUUCCGUGAAAACGUGGCGGAGAUUUCAAAGCGCGUUACACUUAAUCAGGUUAUAGGAAUCUUUGGGUUUUCCGGUGAAGAUAACAUCGGGAAAAUCGCUUUCCCUCCGGUGCAGGCAGCUCCAUCUUUUCCAAGCUCAUUCCCACAUUUGUUCCCUGGCAUGGACAAUCUCCGUUGCUUGAUUCCUUGUGCAAUUGACCAGGGAUCUAGUGGGAAAAUGUCUGCUAGUGAUCCAAACUCCGCUAUCUAUCUGACUGAUACCGCCAAGGACAUUAAAAAGAAGAUAAACAGUGCCUUGAGUGGUGGGCACCAGUUUCUCAAGGAACAAAAAAAACACGGAGCAAAUCUCGAGGAAGACGUACCGUUCAAGUAUUUGAGUUUCUUCCUCAACGAUGAUUCUGAACUUGAACACAUUAGAAAGGAGUAUGGAGAACCAGGAGGAGGAAUGCAAAGCGGAUACGUAAAGAAUCGACUCGCUGAAGUAUUGACAGAGAUUGUGGAGAGACACCGUACGGCUCGAGCUGCCGUUACCGAGGAGAUGGUGGAUGCUUUCAUGGGCGUGAGACCUCUCCCAAGCAUGUUCGAGUAG